AUGGGUCUUAAGCAUCUACAAAUCUCAGCACACGCAAACAGCCCUAAAGGUAUCUACCUCUAUGCAAUUCUUUUGUUUGUCACAUGCGAGCAUAGGGCAGGGAGGAGGUACACGGAUCUUCUAGAUUGGAAGAAUGAUCUCACAAAGCUUAACAGAUGUUGGAAUCAAGUUAAGAGAUCGUUACGUGAUGUACCUAUAUGGAAGAGUAAAGAGUACGGGACAAACAUGAUUCUAUUCAUGCCACCUAGAAGUUGUGAACUAAAAUCUCUUGGCAGGCCUUGCAGAAACUGUAAUUCAUUCUGCUCUAAUCCUCAAGUUCAUGCAAUUCAUUAA